AUGGCACCUGCUCCUGAAUUGGCUUCAAAGGAGUUCACAAAGGUCAUCGAUCAGCUGUGGAAGGAAUACUUCCCCCUUUCGUGCACAGUUAGUGAUGGGACAGAAAAGAAAGAGACCACUGGUUGCCUCAGAGAUCAUUUUGGUGACAGUGUCAAAGAUAUCGUAGAUCAUGGUAUCCAUGGUUGUCGAAAUGUUUACAAAAUGAUCAUGGUGCCUGGAGCAGCUGAGUGGUGGAUAGAAGAAUUUAGCCAAAGCCACACCACAGCGCUCUGCAGAGGGGAUGAAGGUACGUAA